AUGAAUGUCGCAAAAACCGGCAAAUGCAUUGUGGAGCUGGAGUGCACGGAAGAUUCGGAGCCAUUUGAGAAAAGGGUGGUCUCAUUCAACGUUGGCACCGAAGCACUGGUUGGCCGGCUGGACCGGAAUCCUCCGAUCAAUCGGGACAAGACUUUUUAUUUCAGUAAUCGAAUCAUUUCCCGAAAGCAUGCCGCUCUGUUUUACCUAGAGGGCAAGUUCUAUCUUAAGGAUUUAGGAAGCACUAAUGGAUCGUACCUUAAUGGUGAACUCGUUGGCGAUGUGGAGAGUGAAACGCAACCAACCGGAGCACGAGAGAUCAAAUCUGGCGACGUGGUUCGAUUCGGAAUACCUCGCAUAACCAUCGCCACCGAAGAACUUCACAAACCCAUCGUAGGGCGGCUGACACUUACUGCGCCAAAUGAUGUUAGGGAGAGAAAGGGUGACGGACCGAUGAAAUGUUUCACCCCCUUCGAAGGAUAUCUGGAGCACGCUGAACCGCCGACCGUUCCGAAUGAGGCUCCGGCAACGACGAAACAAAAGCCCAAAAUGGCACACUCACCCACAAACGCUCCUAAAAGUGUUAACCACCAGGGGACUGAUACGGAUACGGUCGAAUCAAGUGAUAAUGGGACACAAACGAUCGGCGAUAACGAUGCCCACAACUUGAAAAGCCACCAAAAACUCCUGGCGCAACGCUGUUCGUUCCUGCAAGCAAUCCUUCUCUGUAUGGCGAUCAUAGUGGCCUACCAAUUUCAUCUGUUGUUCUUUUCCAUUGGUUGA